AUGUCACUAUUCAGAAUCGGGGGUGCUGCUAGCCUUCGGGUCAGCCGACUUGCUGUGCCUGUCAAUGCUCGUUUCAUCUCCGCUAAUGCCCCCAUUGGCGUUCCUUCUGUGAAGACCAGCACCUCGGAUGCUCCCACCACGCCUUUCAAGGACAGUUCCUUGAUCAACAAGGAGACCCCCGCCGAGGCUAUGACCCAUCACAAGCUAGAUUAUGAGGCCACGAUUGACCACGGUACCUCGUACGACAUUUCCCCUUUGGUUCCGUCGCAGAUCCUUUCACUAACUGUCUGGCUUCAAUUAAGGCAAUUUUCCCCUGUGCCCAAGCGUGUGAUGGAUGGCAGUGAGCCCGGCAAAACUCUCCCUGCGGCCGUGCUCUCCGGAGCCCCCACUGACCUUCAGGCCCGCACUGUCCGGAUCUACCGCCCUACCAAGGCCGCAACACAGCAAGGUACCUGGCACCAGCAUCACUGGCGCAUGGAUUGGGAUGUCUUGCAGCGGGGUUACCGUUGGGAGAACCAGCUCAUGGGCUGGCAGUCGUCUGCCGAUGGCAUGCAGGGUACCAACCUGAAGUUCAAGUCGAAGGAAGAUGCAAUCGCUUUUGCCCAGAAGCAGGGAUACGAAUACUUUGUUCAGGAACCGAACGAGCGCCGUAUCGUGCCCAAGUCCUAUGCCAACAACUACGUUCACGAGCCCAAGAAGCUCAGGCAUAUCAAGACCAAAUGA